CAAUUUUUGAUCGCGAUGGAGUUGCUGCACUUGCUGCUGUUUUUCUCUCUUGUAUUCUCUUCUUUGGCUCUUGGUCACAGCUAUGUGCCUGAGUUCCCUUUCCGAGAUCCCUCUCUACCCAUUGAAGAAAGAGUCAAAGAUAUUGUUGAUCAACUUAGUUUAGAUCAGUUAGUAGAGCAAAUGGCUCAUGGUGGUGCUGGUAGUAAUGGUCCUGCUCCCGGUAUUCCCAAAUUUAACAUAAAGCCUUAUCAGUGGGGGACUGAGUGUCUCUCUGGUGAUGUGAAUGCUGGUGAUGCCACCUCAUUCCCAAUGUCUAUAGGAAUGGCUGCUAGUUUCAAUUAUGAUCUAUUGAAGCAAGUAUCCAAUGCUACUGCCUACGAAGUGAGAGCUAAAAAUACUGCAGCUGUUCUUAAUGGAUCAUAUGCUUUUCAUACUGGACUCAGCUGCUGGAGCCCUGUGCUGAAUAUAAUGAGAGACCCACGUUGGGGAAGAAACCAGGAGACGUAUGGAGAGGAUCCAUAUCUAUCUGGUUAUUUAGGACAAGCUUUUGUCACUGGAUUACAAGGAGAUGAUCCUACUUAUGUGAUUGCUAAUGCUGGCUGUAAGCAUUUUGAUGUACAUGGUGGACCAGAGGACACUCCAUUGCCACGUGCUUCAUUUGAUGCUAACGUUACAAUGAUAGAUUGGCGAAUGACGUUUCUUCCUCAGUUCAAAGCUUGCGUUGAAGCUGGAGCUCUUAGUCUUAUGUGCAGUUACAACAGAAUAAAUGGUGUCCCUGCUUGUGCCAAUAAAAAGCUCCUCACAGAUAUAUUAAGGAAUGAGUGGAAUUUUAAAGGCUACGUAGUGAGCGAUCAAGGAGCAUUAGAGAAUAUUGUCACACAGCAUCAUUAUGCUCCUGAUUUUGUGACAGCUGCUGCUGAUGCCGCCAAUGCUGGCACUUGCCUUGAAGAUGGCAACAGUGAAGGUAAAGGUGGCAAUGUUUUCGAUAACCUUGAUGACGCUGUUGAAAAAGGUCUUGUUAGCGUUGAUACUCUUAAAGAUGCAGUGAGUAGGUUGUUCUACGUUCGUACAAAACUAGGAGAGUUUGAUCCACCUGAUAAUAAUAACCCUUAUGCCAAUAUUCCACUAUCCAUCAUUCAAAGCGAUGAGCACAUUAAGCUAUCCAUUCAAGCUGCAAUGGAGACCAUUGUACUAAUGAAGAAUGAUAAUGAUGGUUCACCUUUUCUACCUCUUGCUGCUGAUGACUUCAAGAAAGCCUGUGUUGUUGGUCCUUUUAUUGAGAAUGCUGAUACCAUGUUUGGAGACUAUUCACCAACAAUGAUGACUGAUUAUAUUGUGACUCCAUUAGCUGGCAUAAAGACAACUCAAAUUGGAUCAGAUCUUCUCAAUUAUGAAGACGGCUGUACUGAUGGGCCAGCUUGCGAAAUUUAUGAUGGCUAUAAGGUCCGCACAGCUUGCGAAGGUGUUGAUCUGGUUAUUGUAACUGCUGGCCUAAGUAGAUAUUUGGAACAUGAAGGGCAUGAUAUCUCCGAUAUAUAUUUACCAGGACAUCAAAUGAGUUUAUUGACUGAUGCAGAAUCUGCUAGUGGAAGUGCUCCUAUAAUACUUCUACUGUUCAAUGCAAACCCUCUUGACAUCAGUUAUGCUAAGAGCAACCCACGCUUUGCUGCUAUAUUGGAAGCUUAUUAUCCUGGACAGGAAGCUGGUGUGGCAAUAGCUAACGUCCUCACUGGUAGUUAUAAUCCUGCUGGAAGACUCCCCAAUACGUGGCCUGCUAGUCUUGAUCAAGUACCUGACAUGAUUGACUAUACUAUGAAGGAAAGGACUUACAGAUACUUCACACAAGAGCCUCUCUACCCAUUUGGAUAUGGACUGUCAUUCACUACAUUCAAUUACUCAGAUUUGAAUGUUGCUUCUACAGCAAACACUAAUGGAGAAGGUAGCAUUGCUGUAUCGGUGACAGUCAUGAACACUGGUACUAUGGAUGGAGAUGAGGUUACUCAAGCUUAUGUCAAGUGGGACAAUGUUGCUGAAGCACCAAAUAUACAAUUGGUUGGAGUUAGUAGGAAAUUCAUUUCUAAAGGGCAAUCAAUAACAGUCUCAUUCACCAUCAAGCCAGAGCAACUGCAAGUGUGGAUCAAUGGCGAUGAUGGGAAAUGGUCUAUACCUGGUGGCACCUACUCUUUAUUUGUUGGUGGUCAGCAACCAGAUCAAAAAGUGUCUGUUCCCUCUAAUGUCCUCAGUGCCACCUUCAAACUUUAAUAGAGGCCAGGAGGAUUGGACUGAGGGAGACAUUAUUAAUUAUUAAUCAUGACAUUUAACUACUUUAGUGCUGCCUAAUACUCCCUCCAUUCAUUUUCAUCUGCUAUUACCAUGUUUCAUAAUAUUUAUGCUUUUUUUUGUUCUUAGGAUAUUGCACAACUUUAGCAAACUGUUUUCUGUAAUGAUAAUAAUUAUUUACUGGUUAUUGUCAUGCAUGAAAAUUUCGCAAAUCCUGA